AUGCAAAUUUUGACAGGUGGAUUUGCGAAGGUCAAAUUGGCAAUACACAUCCUAACUGGAGAAAAGGUGGCUAUCAAAAUAAUGGACAAAAGGAGUCUUGGGGAUGACCUACCAAGAGUGAAAACUGAGAUAAAGGCGAUGAAGGAACUGGUUCAUCAACAUAUAUGCAGGCUUUACGAAGUCGUUGAAACAGAUCAUAAAAUAUUCAUGAUACUAGAGUAUUGUCCAGGUGGAGAGUUGUUUGAUUACAUAGUUGCCAAAGACAAACUUAGAGAAGGAGAAGCAAGGAUGUUUUUUCGUCAAAUUGUUUCAGCAGUUGCAUAUACUCAUGAAAUGGGAUAUGCACAUAGAGAUCUUAAACCGGAAAAUUUACUUUUAGAUGAUGACCAAAGUAUUAAAUUGAUAGAUUUUGGUCUUGCUGCAAAACCCAAGGCUGAUGUAUGGAGUAUGGGAGUUUUAUUAUAUGCUUUACUGUGUGGUUUUUUGCCUUUUGAUGACGACAAUAUAGCAUUCUUAUAUAGAAAGAUACAACAAGGCAAAUAUGAAGAACCUACAUGGCUUUCAGUGGAAAGUAGAGAAUUUAUACACGAUAUGUUACAGGUUAAUCCUAAGAGAAGAAUCAAAGUACAAGAUUUAUUGACCCAUCCAUGGGUCAUAAUAAGUUAUGGAAUACCAAUAGACUGGCGUUCUAAAUACAAGAAAACUAAUCUUGAUGUUGAUUGUGUGACAGAGAUGUCUGUACAUUUUAAGAAGAGUAAAAAAGAUAUGAUGCAAUCUGUUUUACAAUGGAAGUAUAAUGAAGUUACAGCAGUAUAUUUUAUUUUAUUGGCGAAGAAAUACAAUGGUAAACCAGUAAGAAUUGUCCCAUCUGUGAAACCAUUAGGAGAAUUGAAAAAGAUAUCUAACUACAGAGAACUUGAACCACCAACCAGUUCUCCUUACAUGUUCAGCUCAAUGGAGGAGGGUUUAGAAAACUUUGAAUCAUAUGCAAUAAAACAUCGCAAAAGAGAAACAGAUGAUGGAAAAGAGAACUUCAUUAAGCCUAAUGUACCACCACCUAAAACACCUGCUAAAAGUUCUAAACCUAACAGAAUACCCAACAAAGGACCAGCACCAUUUACAACACCAACUAGAAAUGUUCAAACACCAACUAUUAUUAGAACACCUGCGCAUAAUGGCGAUGUAAGAGUGAGAACACCAUCCAGGAAUGUUUAUAGGACUCCAGAGCGAGGUGGUUCAGCUCGUCAACGUCUAUUAACAGCUCCUGUUCCAACUGGUCUGUCACCAUCUAAGUCUAUGGAGAGUAAUUUACACACAUGUACACUGACACCAGGUUAUGAUAUUAAAAAGGCACAGUCUAUGGAGUAUGAUCUAGAUCGAGCUGGUUUAGAUAGUAAAGAUCCUGGUUCGGCAAAGAAGGUAUUUGGUAGCUUUGAAAGAGGGUUGGACAAAGUAAGAGAUUUAUUGACUCCUGGCAAAAGAAGAGGAUCGACCACAGAAGAACCAAGAAAAGUUAAAGUUAGUAUAUCAAGUAACUUAUCUGCUUUAUUAAAAGUUGCACAUAAACCAAUAUUUGCAUUUGGCCUUAGUGUCUCCCUGAAAAUUUGA